CGUAUACCCCCGCGACGAGCAAAUGUGGGGAAGGUGGGGAAUUUCGGCGCGGGAAGAAGAGCGGCGUCGAAGAGAAGAAUCGUGCACUUCCUGAGCCGUGGAGAGUCCACCGCAAGGUCCUGCGCCGGUGUAAUUGAGGUCCUGCGAAGCUACUCCCUACGAAGCAGUCCCCCGUGGUGGGGGACGCCCUAUGUAAGCCCUCGAACCGACCAGGUCCAGGCCAUCCAGCAUCAGAACAUCGUGCGCAAAGAUUCGGACACCGCGGAGAGGUUCGCCAACGAUCCCUCGACCCCUUCGUCGCGAGUUCAAACCUCGACCACCUCGGGGGUGUUCUGUUUCCGCGAUUCUCCUUGGAUCUCCCUGCGACCCGACCAGGAGAUUCGUACCAUGAGGUUCGUUUUGAUAUUCUUGGCCCUCUUGGCGCUCUGCGACGCCUCUAGGAGAACGGUCACCGCGGCGCGUCGUCGGACGUACCUCGAACACCCUCGACAGCAGCGUCAAGAUUUAGAAAACGUGUGGGAUCUCGUGGAGUUGCAAAAACUGGACAACAAGAACCCUUCCAAUCCGUCUGCGAACGCGACGGAGUUGCAAGACUCGGAGGUUUCAAACACGAGGCAACUCUACCCGACUCUUCCCAAUCCCGGAGAUACGAACGAGUUACCAGGACCUAUAACCGCCGAACCGAUACCGGUGGCAACACCGCCGCCUGGCUGUCUCGCUCCCCGGGGACAGUUCCCAAGUCCGAAGAGUUGUUCCAAUUAUUUGAAUUGCUGGGACGACACGGUUGUCGAACAAUCUUGCCCCGACGGAUUACUCUUCAACGAUGUCACCCUGGUUUGUGAUUACGAUUACAACGUGAACUGCGGCGAUCGGCCCAAGCCCACGCCGAGACCAUCUCUGUCUAGCGGAGCGAAACUCUGUCCGGAACCGAAUGGCCGUUACAGAAGUGCGACGAACUGCUCGGAAUUCUACGUGUGCGUUUACAGAAAGCCGAUUAAAUUCGCUUGCUCCGGGAACUCGGUCUACAAUGACGUAUUGGGCGUCUGUGAUUACCCGUACAACGUGGAUUGCAAAGGCGCGGUAACUCCCUCACUUCCGCCUAAACAGACCACGCCGCAAAGCCAGUCGCCAUCACAACCAGCUACUUCACCGCCAGCUGCUUCACCGCCAGCUGCUUCACCGCCAUCGACUUGGCCGCCACCGCCAUCCUAUGGACCAUCGCAACCAUCGCCACUUCCUGCACAACCACCGUCCUACGGACCGUCGCAAUUACCAUCUUACGGGCCACCUCAACCACCUCAACCACCUCAACCACCUCAACCACCUCAACCACCUCAACCAUCUCAACCAUCUCAACCGCCACAGCCACCUCAGUCAUCGCCUUACGGGCUGUCACAAUUUGCUAACUGGCACCAACGACCUGUAGCCGCGCAGCUGCAAAUCGAAAAAGACCAACAACAACAGCAGCAGCAGCCUGAGCAAUUUGAAAAUCCGUGGAACAUCGUGCAAAAUGUCCCCCCUAGUCUCAGCACUGUGCCGUGCAACGACGGUGACGUGCACAGGUUGAACGAUUUUUGCACAAACGUGGUAGUUUGCAGGAACGCGCGGCCGCAGCUGUUGCGAUGUUCGUUGGGGUACUCGUACGACAGGGUGUCAGACUCUUGUAAACCAAUUUCUAUCGCCAAAUGCUAAUCAAACCUACGCUUUUGUAUUAAAUAUAUGGACUACUCAAACUAAAUAAAGCAUUGAUCUUUCUUAAAACCUGGAUUCUCUACCGUUACUUAUCCGACACCCUU